GGAAAAGUGUUCGGAAGUACUCUGAUGCAGUGAUGAAAUGUAUCUAUUGUUUCCAUGUUUGCCGGCAUGUGAUUGUAAAAUAUUUAUUUUCGCUAUUUACAUAAAGUCAGUGAGCCUUUCAUAUCUAAACAUGUAUAAUUCAAACUCGAGUUCAAUACAAUCCUCUUUGAACUACGAAGUGGUAAAAAUGCGAAGGUGAACUAAGCACCAGCCGGGGUCAUGAUUUAGUGUGGACAAAAAAUGAUAACGCUGAGGCUCCAGACAAUUUGAAUUUCAAAUUCCCCUUUUUUCGUUGUCUCCUUCGAAGCGAACUCAACAGGCCCCAGCUCCGCCAAAUUCGCGUCGACCUAGUUCGGUCACUUCCACUCUCCGCCAAGCGCUCGAGUGUAUGACCAGCCGUACAAUGACGUCUUCUGCGAAGCGGCCACCGCGUUUCACCGAGAUGGUUCGCCGUGACCAUGGAGGAUGUUAACGACGCGAACCAGUUCGAAUCCGUGCAAGUUUCGCGCCGCACGUGUAUGGAAAAACGCGACUUUUCAAUUAGAUCCCCGAACCCCACCCAAGGAAACCGUACGAGUUCCGUAAAUAGAGUGUAGUGACUUCAGCAUUGCGUAAAUGAAGACAACCACGCGAAAAAUAAAUCGGCUCGGUUGGGUGCCUCUUGCAGUCAGCGUCUGCGGUCCAAGGCCGGUGCCAGAGAAACUGCCCAGUGCCCAUCUUGGUAUCUACCUGUGCUCAGGUGCAAGCAACAUGAUACAGACUCUCACUCCGGCUACCAACGACUCUCUCUUCAACUCCGAACUGUGAUAGUGUGUGUGCAAAUGCUGAUAAAACGAUAACACGAAGUCGCACCCGCCCCAGUGGACUUGGCAAUGUAUAAAUCAGCGAUGCGAGAGGCGGCAUAUAAAAGGGGCCAUCCCUGUAGUGUCAUUAUCGACAUGCAGCAUGUUGUGCGGCUCGACGCAGCUCUGGCCCCAACCCACCGGACCUGUAACUCUCGCCAGCAGGGCUGUCACAUUCAACCAUCAACAAUUAGAGCUCGAAACGGACACUCCCGAACCCGCUAGAACACUUUUAGAGCAUUCUUUCGUGGCCUUCAAUACUAACAUUAUCAGUCUAGUCCAAAACAAAGAUUACGUAGAACGAGACACCGACAUUAGAAGAUUUCUAAUCAAAGUCACAAUUUUGCACCCGAAUAUCGUAAAACUAAAGCUGGAUACGAGCGAAGGGUAUACGUUGAGUGUGAAGCCACGGGACGGCGAAAUUGUGGCCAAUAUCACGGCGAAAACUUUUUUCGGGGCCAGGCACGGGCUCGAGACUUUGUCCCAGUUGAUUUGGUGGGACGAUUAUGAAACCAAGGGGGCGCUUAAGGUACUUAAAGGGGCCACGGUCCAGGAUAAUCCCAUUUUUCCCUACCGUGGGAUUAUGCUGGAUACGGCGAGGAAUUACAUGAGUGUUGAGAGUAUUCGACGAGUGUUGGACGGAAUGGCCGCGAAUAAACUCAAUGUCUUCCACUGGCACCUCACCGACUCCCAGAGUUUUCCUUUGGUGUCACAAAGAGUGCCUCAGUUGGCCAAAAACGGUGCCUACGGACCCGACAUGAUCUACACGCCGGAAGACGUCAAGGCUUUGGUCGAAUAUGCUCGAAUCAGAGGCAUCCGAGUGGUGCUUGAAGUGGAUACACCGGCCCACGCCGGCAAUGGUUGGAACUGGGGCCCCCAGGAAGGUCUAGGCGAACUAGCAGUGUGUGUCAACGAGCGCCCCUGGAGCCUGUACUGCGGGGAGCCCCCAUGUGGCCAACUCAACCCCGACAACCCCAACGUUUACGAAAUCCUCGAGAAACUGUACAAAGACUUGUUAGAAUUAAGUGACGAAACGGAGCUCUUCCAUUUGGGAGGAGACGAGGUGAAUUUGGAGUGUUGGGCCCAACACUUGCAAAAAACCACGACUUUCAUGAACUACACCGACUUGCACGACCUUUGGGGCGAGUUCACCCUCAAGGCGUUAAAACGGUUGGAACGGGCCAAUAACGGGGUAAAGAUCCCGCUUGUGAUAAUCUGGUCCAGCAAUCUCAGCAAGAGACCCUACAUUUACAAAUAUUUAGAUAAGAAAAACGUCGUGGUGCAGAGUUGGGGGGCGAGCCAGUGGCCGGACACCCCCGACCUCAUCAGCGACGGCUACCGGGUGAUCAUCUCGCACGUGGACGCGUGGUACCUCGACUGCGGUUUCGGGCGGUGGCGUGAGACGGGGGAGGCGGCGUGUGACCCGUACCGGCCGUGGCAGACCGUCUACAACCACCGGCCGUGGCAGCAACUGCACCUCAACAAGAAGCAGAUCCUGGGGGGCGAGGCCUGUCUCUGGAGCGAGCAGUUCGACGAGACGUCGCUCGAUACGAGGCUGUGGCCGAGGGCGGCCGCCUUCGCCGAAAGGGUGUGGAGCGACCCGCAGCUGGAUGUGACCUCGUUUACCAUCCAGGAGGACGUCUACACGAGGUUGAACACGCAUAGGGACCGGUUGGUGGCCCGGGGGCUGGGGGCGGAGGCCAUGUGGCCGGUGUGGUGUGCGCAAAAUCCCGGUAUGUGCCUUUGACGGGGGACCAAAGGACUGUUUAUGUGCCAAUGUGUGACUGAAGGACGCUCUUGCCGAGUACUUACAGCCAAAGGUUCGAUUCGUCAGUACAAUUAGGGUUAAGUGGAUCAGCAAGUGCUUAUUUAUUGAAUAAAAAUUUUAAGUAAA